AGAUCUGGCUCCAUCGCAUGGACAUCGAUUAGUAUAAUCAUGAUUUUAGAAGGCGUCUGACGCGAGGCGGCCAAAAAACGCCUGGCCUCUUAGCCUCAAAAAAACCUGGGUGGUGUUCUAAUGGGGGUAAACAUGUAAAAAGAUGAAAAGCAUCGGGUAACAGGACUUAGGGUGGGAGACGAACAUAUUGGGAUUUGGGGUUUCCCCCCUUUUCUUCUUCCUGGUUCGAACUGAAUCGUGCUCUCCUCAGCGGCUCAACCUUCAUUGAAACGAGGAUCAAGAGUUUGGUUUGAACUUUGAAGUCUGUAACUGACUAACAAUCGACUAACCAAGUGAUCAACGGCCAAGCCUGUUCAAGGUCAUAAUCAGCAUUUUUGCUUGCUCAAGGACAUAAUCAUAACAAGGUCAAAUGGAUCUGGAGACGGAGAAUCAAAUAGCUGCAAUACUCAUGAAAGAUGCAGCAGAACUGCGGCGGCAAGCUGAAAAAGAAGGUGUUCUUGCCUAUCUUCGUCAGCCGAAAGUAAGGGGUCGACCAAAUGCACGUUUUUUAACUGCAACUGUUCUUGGUGUGCAACAAGCAAAUCGAGCUGCUGAAGUCAAUGAAAUGUGGCGAGUCCGGCAGAAAGAGCUAGAGCUGGAUGAUAGGCUGAAAGAGAGAUCAAGAGACAAGAGUAGUAGUAGGAGGAAGCACGGGAACUACAAUGGCUUUGACAAAAGGAAGCAUGGGGACUGCAGUGACACUGUCAGGAGGCAUGAAGAAACUGGUAAAAAUGUUGAUCCUUUAUGUACAUCAAGCAAAAGAGUCGUUGAAGAAUGCUACUCUAGCGAUGAGGGAAGCCUGCGGGAUGAAGAAGUUGAAGAAUUUCUGCACUCAAGGGUCAAGCGUGGUAGAGGUGCUGUAGGAUCAAGGGUGGAUGAAACAGGUCCUUAUCUUCAACCUUCUUCGUGUUCCAACUCCAAGGAUAAGCUUUUAGCAAGCUCAGAUGUACGGCUAAAGGAAGAAUGGGAACAUCGUGUUCUUGGACCAGAGAAACCUUCUUUUCUGAAGUCUCACGAGUCCUCGGAAGACGAGCCUGAUAGGAAAAUCUCUGAGAACUCAAAAAAGCAUCAUUCUAAGAGUAAGCACUUAUCAAAAAAAGACAAAUGCCGUAAAAAAAAGAAAGAGCAGAAAUCAAAGCAUCGCCACAGGAGUUGAAGAUAAAUGACUUGGAUAACUGAAAAGUCAUUGCAAUUGUGUAAUAUUUUUCAAAUCCUUGAAAAGUCAUUGCAAUUGAGUAACAUGUUUACAUCUUGGAUUGUGAGCAUUGUUUGUUUUGUAAGCUGCAUAAUUUUCUGCUAGUAGUUGUACAAAGCGCAACCUUUCAUCA